CAGUAUAUCGAUAUACCCAUUCCUAGUUAAAUCUAUUCGUUUUGGCCUCGACUUGAGCGGGCUUAAAGCCGUAGGAGGGAAAGUUCUAACCUGCAAGCGGGCAGCAGACGCAAAAGCGGCCAGCACCAACGUACCCACAAAAACGAGCGGGCUUACCAGUUGCUCCCCCCCCCCCAGACGGUAACGAGACGUUGCCGCUCCGCUCUCCGCAGCCACAAACAGCUGUUGCCGAGCAUUUCCUGCCACCGCUGCAACUCACUCCCACCGCACAGCAACGCCAUAACCUGCCAACAUGCGUCUCCAAGCUGCCUGUCUGAUUGUCCUGGUGGCGCUGCCAACGCUGUGUCUGGGCCUGCUGGAGGGCCUGUACUGCGGCAAGGAGGACUGCUACGAUGUUCUUGGCGUGACACGUGAAUCGUCCAAAUCGGAGAUUGGCAAAGCCUACCGCUUGCUAGCACGCAAGUACCAUCCGGAUCUGCAUCGCGGCGUCGAGGCCAAGGCCCUAGCGGAGGAGCAGUUCAAGCUCCUGGCCACUGCCUACGAGAUCCUUCGCGACGAGGAGUCACGCAAUGAUUACGACUACAUGCUGGACAACCCGGAUGCAUACUAUGCCCAUUACUAUCGUUACUACCGCCGCCGCGUGGCGCCCAAGGUAGAUGUGCGCAUUGUGAUCGUGGUGGUGCUGUCGAUCAUCUCGGUGAUACAAUACUACUCCGGCUGGCAGCGUUAUGACUCGGCCAUCAAGUACUUUGCUACGGUGCCCAAGUACCGCAACCAAGCGCUGGACAUUGCUCGCGACGAGAUACAGGAGCGCAUCCAGAAGAAGGGCAAGAAUCGCAUGUCCAAAACGGACCAGAAGGAGGAGCUGGAGCGCAUCAUACGCAAGGUCAUCGAGGAGAAGAUGGACGUUCAGGGCGGCUAUGCGAAGCCAACGCUGUGGGACGUGCUCUGGGUUCAGCUGCUCAUUUGCCCCUACACUCUGAUCUCGUUCAUCGUGUGGCAUGGCCAGUGGUUCUGGCGCUAUACGAUCCUCAAGCAGCCGUACGGACGCGAGCAGAAGCUGUAUCUGGUGCGGCGCUAUCUAAAGAUGGGCCAGCAUCAGUUCAAUGCGCAGGACGACAAACAGAUCGAAGAGUAUCUACACCUGGAGCUGUGGAAGCGUGACAACUUCGAAGCGUGGAAGGCCGAACAGGACGAGGAGAUGAAGAAGAAGCUGGCGGAGAAUCCACGCUACAAGGCCUACAGGCGCUACAUGAAGAACCAUGGUCCCGGGCGUAUCACCUUCGAGGAUUAGCCAGAGCCCAGCCCUGAGAGCUCCCCACAUACACACCGAUGUUCAAGUUUUAUUGUUCCAUCUGUAACCCAACCGACUUCUCCCUUCCUUAGACUUCCCCUGCCCCCCAUUCCUCGUUAGACAACACUCGUUUUUACAUACAUGCAUACACAUAUAUAUAUAUAUAUAGAUCUAUUUUUUUUACGAACAUUUUCAAUGUCUAGGGCGAAAAAAUGUAGAUUUUGCAUUAGCCUAACAAAUAACUAAAAGUAUCGUUCCAUAACUUGUGGCGUUGACCCCGCCGCCACAGGCGACACAGCAGAGCCGCAGCAUGAAACAAAAACAAAAACAAA